CUGUGGCUCUCCUGUGCAGUAACAAAAAGAUGCGUGGCCACCACAAUUUAGGUACAAUGGGCAACAUAAUUAACAGGAUAAGCAACACCACGCAACAAAGUGCAAACACCAAACCGAUUGUGUUUAGUCAGACAUGCAAUCAGUUGAUGACGCCGCGAACACCCAACACGACUGGCGGUGCCCUGCAGGCCCAGAAUGUAAGGCGAAGUUCCAGGCUUUUUAGCAACAACAACUAUUCAGUGAAGGAGAACACCAAGAAUGAAUCGUCGCAUACAACGUUUCCGAUUUCCGUGAAGUAUACCGAAUCAGGGGUCGCGCCACUUGAUCCGAGCUGAUGGAGAAGAAACCAGAAUUCGAUGCGAGAUUGGCGCAGAUGGGUAAACGGUUUCCGUUAUGUAAUUGCUC